AUGUACAGGACUAUCAAGGAAAGUUACUGGUGGUCGGGCAUGAAACGAAACAUAGCAGAGUUUGUAGCGAAAUAUCUCACAUGCCAACAAAUUAAGGCGGAACAUCAGAAACUAUCGGGUACUCUUCAACCUUUACCUAUCCCUGAAUGGAAGUGGGAGCACGUGACUAUGGACUUUGUACUGGGUUUACCACGGACACAGAGUGGGAAAGAUGUUAUUUGGGCAGAUGGUCAAUCUGAAAGGACCAUUCAGACUCUAAAGGAUAUGCUACGGGCUUGUGUCAUUGACUUUAUUGGGAGUUGGGACAGACACUUGCCGUUGGUGGAGUUCGCAUAUAACAAUAGUUUUCAGUCUAGUAUUGGGAUGGCACCAUACGAGGCUUUGUAUGAGAGAAAGUGUCGAACUCCACUCUGCUGGGAUGAAGUGGGUGAGAGGAAAUUGUUUAAUGCAAAACUGAUUGAUCUAACUAAUGACAAGAUCAAGAUUGGGCUAGUGGCAUAUAGACUAGAAUUACCCCUAGAGUUGAAUCAGAUUCACAAUGUCUUCCAUGUCUCGAUGCUGAAGAAGUAUGUACCUGAUCCCUCCCAUAUCCUCGAGGCACCUCCGAUUGAGUUGCAAGAAGAUUUGAAGUUUGAGGUGCAACCCGUAUGUAUUUUAGACCGAAAGGAUCGAGUGUUGAGGAAUAAGGACAUUCCAAUGAUUAAGGUGUUGUGGAAAAAUGCUCGGAUGAAGGAGAUGACGUGGGAAGUUGAGGACCAGAUGAGAAACCAAUACCCGCAUCUUUUCUCCGAGUCUAGUAAGUGA